CGGGUCACCAGGCAUCAAGUCAUUUGGCUCGACAGCGAGCACCGCGUCAUCUGGCAAGGCAGUGGGCUCCGAGUCAACUGGCAUGACCGCGGGCACUGGGGCAGACAUUGAAUCGUCUGGCUGGACAGCGGGUAUCGGGUCACCAGGCAUCAGGUCAUUUGGCUCGACAGCGGGCACCGCGUCAUCUGGCAAGGCAGUGGGCUCCGAGUCAAACAGGCACGACAGUGGGCACCGGUCAUCAGGUACCGGAUUGUCUGGCUCGACAGCGGGCAUCGGGUCACCAGGCAUCAGGUCAUUUGGCUUGCCAGCGGCACCGCGUCAUCUGGGCAAGGCAGUGGGCACCGGGUCACACCAGGCAUUGGAUCGUCUGGCUGGAUCAGUUCAUCAUGCUGAGGCUUCAGGCCGAGUAGAGGCAUCAGGCCGAGUAGAGGCAUCAGGCCGCGUACAGGCAUCAGGCCGCGUACAGGCAUCAGGCUGAG